UAAUUCUCCGUGUCGCCGGAAGGUGGCACAGUUUGUUGACGGCAGCGUCAGUAUGAAACAUGGUGUGAAAUCUGUCAGGGCGAUAUCACCUGUCAACCCUUUAAUAUCCAGCUGUGCUAAAAACAUCUAUACGAACAUCUGAGCGGAUCCUUCGCCGUAGCCUUCAGUUUUGAACUGACUUUCAGGACCAAACAUGGCAACGCCAACGACCCCGCCAUCCAUCCUCAAAGAGUUCUGCCCACUCUACUACCUGCUGAAUGCCAUCCCAGCCAAGGUCCAGCGGGGGUUCAGGUCUGUCCUGGUCUACCUGACAGCUCUGGACAGCAGCAGUGACUUCCUGGCCGUGGGCAGCAGUAUAGGCAUGCUGUAUCUGUACUGUCGCCGCCUCGCACACAUGAACAAGUACAGUCUGGAGGGAAAGUGUGAUGCGAUCACAGCUGUGAAGCUGCUCAGCUGUUUUGAUGACCUGGUUGCCGUGGGAACAGCUUCAGGUCGAGUUGCAGUCUUCCAGCUGGUGUCUCCACUUCCUGGUCGCAACAAACAGCUGAGGCGUUUUGAUGUCAUCGGCCUUCAUAAAGGUUCUGUGACAUCGUUGGCCUGGAGCACCAAUGGGAUGAAACUUUUCUCUGGAGACGAUAAAGGACGAGUUGUUUUCUCAGCUCUGGAUCUGGACCAGGGAGUGUGUAAACCUGUGCUGCUGUUGGAGGAAUCCUCAGGUGUGGUUCAGAUGGAGUACAGUCACCAGGUACUGCUGGUGUCGACGCAGCAGAGAUCUCUGCUUUACUGCUCCCAGAGACAGGAAGUUCAUCAGCUGGGCACCAAGCCCCGCAAGAGUAGCGGCAGGUUCGGAGCCUGUUUCCUGCCGGCUCUCUGUAAACAGAGUGAUCUUCAGGUGUUUGCUGCUCGACCUGGACUCAGACUGUGGAGGUCUGAUGUUACGGGACAGGUGGAGGACACCCGGCUGCUUAAACCACUCUUCAACUCACAGAUUCCUCAGUUUGAGUUGUUUCCUCGUCCUGGUCCAGUCGGAGCAUACCGUCCAGCAGACAGACAGCUCGGUCUGCUCAGCUGUUUCCUCAGAGAGGGCUGGAUCCUCAGCUGGAACGAAUACAGCAUCUACGUCCUUGACUGCGUCAGUGAGGUGAUAAUCGGAGCGUUGGAGAGCAGCGGAGACAUCGUAUCAGUGUCAUGUUGUGACAAUGAGAUCUUCAUCCUGAAAGGAGACAGAGACAUCAUCCGCCUCUCCAACAGUCCUGAGGGCCUGGCCUCCAACUUGUCGGAGCUCUCCAUCCGUCUGUCCUCACCUCUGACCACACCUACUGUCCUCCCACCAACGGGUUCAGUGGAAACAGCUCAGCCAAUCAGAACCAUGGCCAUCAUCAUAGAGGGUGGGGGGAGGGAGGAAGGAGGAGGAGGGAAGAGACUCAGCGAGGAGGGAGAGAAAGAAGAAGAGGAGGAAGUAGAGGAGGCAGAGGAGCAGGAGGAGCAGCUGGAGGUGAUGGAGCAGCUCUGUCGACGGUCCGAUCUCCUCACUAGCAGCUCCCGUAGUCGCAGCAGCUCCGUGACUUCCUGGGACAGUCUCCAUGGAAACGUCCCGGUAACCACAUCCUGUGAGCUCGGCUCCAGACGCUACAGCGCCCCCUUGGGACAGGAGGAGAUGCAACAGGAGCUGGUGGUGAAAGCCAUCAGAGUGAAAAAGAAGAAGAGGAAACGGCAAGACAGCAGCAGUGGGAACCACCUCUCUGAGAGCAGCUGCUCAGACUCCAUGUUUGUAGUCCAGGACGGCAGUUGUAGUGAUGGAGGAAGUGGAACUCCUCUAAGCGACCGAGCCUCCUUCGUCGGGUUGGACCUUCAGAACCAGGAUUCUCCAGAACAGAACCAGGACCAGAACUCACAGGAGGAAGAUGGGGGAGGUUCAGACAGAGGUGUAAAGGAUGGAGAGGAAAUGGACUCUGGCUCCCUCCUCCCUCCAGGAUCCUUGGUUCUCAAAGGUCUGGAGAACCAGUUUAUCCCAGAAAAGGACUCUGGUCCUGGUCCAGGGGCAGACGUCAUCCCUCCAACCCCGGAUGUGGAUUUGCUGCUGAAGUGCACCUUCUCCUACAUGCACAACACUGUAGAAGAUGAUGGACAGGAGCAGCAGCCAAUGGAGGAGCAAGAGGAUGAGUUUCUGAGCCCUCUCAUUGGACCAGAGGAGGAGGAGGAGGAUGACCUGGCACCCCCUGCUGGUUUGGCAGACCAGAUGUUUUACUCCACUGUGUCCACUCUAGACAGAGAACCCAGUAUAUCCAGUGAUGAAGAAGGAGACAUCUACUGUCACACUCUGUCUGGUGCUGGCAGCAGAGGAGACGCUCACACCUGUCCGUCCAAUCAGAUGGAGAAGACAACAGACAGACAGACGGACCAGGAUGUUCAGGACAGAGACAAACUCAAACUUGACCAGUUGGCAGAAAGCUGGAUGGGAUACUCCGGACCGGGAUGUGGAAUACUGAGCCUACAAGUGACAGACAGGUAUGUGUGGUGUCUGGACUUUAAAGGAGGACUGUUCUGCAGCCUUCUGCCUGAAACUGGACUCAACUGGCAGCGCUUUGAAGACAACGUCCACCAGGUGGCGUUAUCACCAUCAGGUAAUCUGCUGUGGAAGGUGGAGCAGAAGAGCAUGACAGCGUUCGCUUGUGCUAAAGUGUCUGUUAAAGGAAAACGUCACUGGUACAAAGCUGUGGAGCAAACGGCCUUCGUUGCUCUGAGUGACGACUCCGCCUGGAUCAUCAGGACUAACGGUGACCUCUACCUGCAGACAGGUCUGAGUGUGGAGCGUCCCUGCGCUCGCUCUGUGAAGGUGGAGUCUCCUUGUGUCUUCAGCCAGGUGUGUGUGAGAGGAGGCGUGGUCUGGGCUCUGAGUGAACACAAGGCGCUGUUCUACCGAGAGGGACUGAACAGCUACUGCAGCGAGGGCGAGGGCUGGAAGUACGACACCGUCAGUGAGGCUCAGGGUCUGGAGUUGAUGUGUGUCGCUCUCGGUGGGGGGGGGACAGCCUGGGCUCUGGAUGCCAGCGGCAGCCUGUGGUUCAGAACCGGGAUCUGUUCAUCCAGACCACAGGGGGAGGAUGACCACUGGUGGCAGAUCAGUAUUUCAGACUAUGUGGUCUUCGAUCAGGGCAGUCUGUUCCAGACUCUGCUGCAGGCCACACAGAGUGUUGCCACGGUAACCAGGGCACCGGUGGAGCGGGUGGUGGCCUUCCUGUCACAGUACUCUCAGUGUCAGCCAAGCCUGGUCAGCGCCAACGCCAGCGGAGUCUGGGUUGCAUCGGGACGGAACCAAAUGCACCUGGCCCGCGGGAGUCUCGUGGGAACUUUCUGGCAGAACGUUGUUCCAAGAGGAACCGUCUCAGCCACCAGGUGGACCUUCAUCACAUCUUCUGCUGUGCCUCACAGAGAAGGUACGUUCCUGUGGUUGGCUCAGAGCAGGAAGGACCUGUUCUGUGUUUGGGAUCAGGAUGGAGAGCUCCGCCCCUCUUCUGUCCCUCUACCACCCGAGGUGGAGCUGUCUCACCUGUCUGCCUGUCGUGAUGCUCUGUGGGGUUUGGACUCUCAUGGCCGAGUCAGCAUUCGAACUCUGUCUCCAUCUUGUCCCACUGGACUGCACUGGACCCCCCUGGACCUCAGCCAGCUCGGAAGUGUCCGUCUGGUCAGCGUGAGCUGCGGCAGCCAGAACGUUUGGGCUGUCGACAGUCGAGGAGUUGUUUACUUCAGGGUUGGAACUCAACCGCUGAACCCGAGCAUGAUGCUGCCAGCGUGGAUCCAGAUAGAACCACCUGCACAGUCAAUAGGAGUGCAGCUGGUCAGCAUCCAGACAAGUCCUAAUGAUCGUCUCCUCUGGGCAUUGGACAACCGAGGAUCUGUCUUUGUCCGAACUGGACUCAGUGAUGAGAUGCCUGUAGGGACGGACUGGGAGCUAGUGCCAGGAUUAGUGGUGAGUCAGCUGGUCCUCAGCUGUCGGACCGUCUGGGUUCGCUGUGUAAACGGAGAUUUGGCUCGACGCUACGGCGUCUCCGACCGAAACCCUGCAGGAGACUACUGGAAGAAGAUCCCCGGCAACACCAACUGGUUAACUGUGACUCCAGAGGAUGAGCUGUGGGCGGUGACUCUGAUUGGUGGAUUGUCCCGUCGGCUGACGAAGCUCCUCCCUCAGACUCCCUGUAAACCCACCUCCUCGGGCCCCGUCCUCAACGGGGACGACGUGGAUGACGAAUGGGAGCUAAUCUGACCUGUGACAUCACUGUGAUGUCACUGAUGGUUGUAGAUCCACCUGAUCUGGAUUCACCUGGCGGGACACCGUGAUGUCACAGUGACAUCACUUUCUAUGACAUUAGAGUUUAAACCAAGAUGGCUGCCAUGGAGACAGCCUGGGUGGCUUCUGGGAAAUGGAGUUAACAAAUUUUGUUCUUUAAUUUAACAGGAAGCACUUUAAUCUUGGGGGUUAGGGUGGCAGUUACACAGGGACUCAUUCAGGCUGGGUCUGGUUCUAGCUGGUUCUAACUGGCCCCUAUUCUCAUGAAAUCUGGUUCAGUCUGGUUCUACUGAGUAUGAGGGAAUUAAAGGGACAUUUCACUACAGAGGGGUUCAGUCCAGUUCAGUUCAGUUCAGUUUGGUUCCUUAUGGUCAAACUGGGUUGAACUGGUUUAUUUCAGUUGUUCUGGUUGUACUGUGUGUGAGGAUAUUAAAGGGGCAUUUAGUUUAAUAUUUAAAUUAUUUUUCAGUCCGUCCAGUAGAGACUGGUGUAAACCGGUUUAAACUGGUUUCCAGCUCUGACUCUGUUACUGGGACCAGAUUGGAUCAGUCUGAAGGUGUUGGUUUUCCUCCUGUGGGCAGCAUUUCCUCAGGUAGUUGCCUACCUGUCUGUCUCAGUUACUAUGGUAAUAGGCAGAACGCCCACUAGUAAUGAUUCAUGAAAAAUGUGUAAAAAAUGUAAAUUUAAUAAACGUUUGUUUGUUUGUUGAAAAAACAAGUUCAGAGUGAAAAGAUCCAAGAUUCAAAGAUUCACCUGUAAUGAGGCUUAAAACAAAACCUGCUGGACUGUGAUGGAAUGGGGUGGACUGUGAUGGACUCUGAUGGACUGUGGUGGACUCUGCUGGACUGUCUGAACUGGACUUGUAGUUAAAUUCUAACAAACACAGAACUCGUUCUGCAGACGUCGACUCUCUCUUUGUCUUCAUUGAUGGCAUCGCCAUGGGAACCUGAGCAGGUGUGACCAGAGUUCAGUGUGAUCUCACCUGUGUGAUGUCAUCCAUUAACUUAAUAAACAUGUCUGAACUCUGAAGAAGCGUGAGGUUAUUGAUCCAGGAUCAGUGGUCCCAGAUACACUGUAAAAAUUAAAAAGUUAAGAAAACUCAAAUUUCUCAACCAAACGUCUGAAACAUCCAGUUAAAUAAACAUUUAUGUUUUUACCAAACA